CCCUUAUAUCGUACUUUGUAUAUUAAUUAUUAUAAUUAUUGCAAUGUGAAUUGUGAUUGUAGUUUGUAAUCGAAUCAAAAAUAAAAUAAAAGAAAAAGAAGGAAUAUCUCAUAAAAGUGUAGCUUGGCUGCAAGUUUUUAGCUUCCUUUAUUUCCAUGUUGACCUCCAAAGCCACCAAAAAUCGUCUCUGAAUCUAUCCCCAGUUUCCGGGACUUUUUAUGCGCCAAAUAUUCAUCUCUAAUAUCUCAUUCAAUUUUUCAUUCUCUGUACACAAAUUUUUCCUUCUCCUCCUCCACACACAAUCAGUUUUACAUACAUAUAUUUCUGUUGUAAAUAAUUUGAUAUAUUUCAUUGUUCAAUGGAGCUAUCAUGUUCGCCGCCGCUCUCAGUCAACUCCUCGCUGAAUUCCGGCCCCUACUGCCGUGUAACUGUACCUACCUCCCACCGCCGCUGCCACGUGGCCCUUACAUUUCCCCCGAAUUGGCCUUCCUCGUCUUCCUACACCACGAAUCCUGUAAAUGCUUGCAGCACCAGCAGCUCGUCGUCCUACUUGGGGAUUUCCCUCGCCCGUCCCCGAUUGCGGCACACCUCAGCGCCGCUGAAGAAAUCCAGACGCUCGGUGGUCGUGGUUGCUGGAAUCUUCGAGCGGUUCACGGAGCGUGCGAUCAAGGCGGUGAUGUUUUCCCAGAGAGAGGCCAAGGCUCUAGGCAAGGAUAUGGUGUACACGCAGCACCUGCUCCUGGGCCUUAUAGCGGAGGAUCGUGCCCCAAACGGGUUCCUGGGAUCCGGCAUCACCAUUGGUGUCGCGCGAGAAGCUGUUCAGAGUUUGUGGCAAGGAGACUAUCGGAAUAGCGGGAGUCAAUCCGAGAUUUCGGCCACGGAUGUACCGUUUUCUGCUGGUGCGAAGCGUGUUUUUGAGGCGGCUGUUGAGUACUCAAAGACGAUGGGGUAUAAUUUCAUAGCCCCAGAGCACAUCGCCAUGGGGCUGUUCACGGUUGAUGAUGGCAGCGUAAAUCGUGUGUUGAAGAGAUUAGGAGUAAAUGUGAAUCAUUUGGCCGCUGAAGCAGUCUCCAGACUUCAAGGUGAGCUUGCCAAAGAAGGAAGAGAACCAUCUUCCCCUGCAUUUAGGAAGUCACAAAAUAACAUAUUUCCUGAGAAAGCUACUCAUGCUAAAUCCCUUGAAAUGGCAAGAGAAAAAAAGGCUCUUGACCGUUUCUGUGUGGAUCUCACCGCCCGUGCUAGCAGUAGAUCAAUUGAUCCUGUAAUUGGUCGAGAGACUGAAGUACAGAGGAUCAUUCAAAUUCUUUGCCGAAGAACUAAGAGUAAUCCAAUUCUUCUUGGUGAAGCUGGAGUUGGGAAGACGGCAAUUGCAGAAGGACUGGCUAUAAGCAUUGCUGAUGGAAAUGUUCCUUCGUUUCUUAUGAAAAAGCGCAUAUUGUCCUUGGAUAUAGGUCUACUAAUAGCAGGAGCAAAGGAGAGGGGUGAGUUGGAGGCACGUGUUACUUCGUUGAUAAAGGAGAUUAAGAAGUCAGGAAAUGUAAUUCUCUUUAUUGAUGAGGUCCACACACUUAUUGGUUCUGGCGUAGUAGGAAAAGGAAACAAGGGAUCUGGUCUAGACAUAGCCAAUAUAUUGAAGCCACCCCUUGGACGUGGUGAAUUGCAGUGUAUUGCAUCGACAACAAUGGACGAAUUCAGAUUGCAUUUUGAGAAGGAUAAAGCUUUGGCCCGAAGAUUUCAGCCUGUCUUGAUUGAUGAACCAACUAGUCUUACCACCUUCUUUGCUAUGUGUUUUGGCAUCUUCCAGGAAGAUGCAGUUCAGAUUCUGUUGGGCUUGCGAGAGAAGUACGAAUAUCAUCACAAAUGUGCAUACACUAUGGAGGCCAUAAAUGCUGCGGUGUAUCUAUCAUCAAAAUAUAUUUCAGAUAGAUAUCUUCCUGAUAAAGCUAUUGAUCUUAUCGAUGAGGCAGGAAGUAGAGCUCGUAUGGAAGCAUCUAAAUUGAGAAAGAAAGAGCAAACUUCAAUACUUUCUAAGUCACCUAGCGAUUACUGGAAGGAAAUCAGAGCUGUUCAGGGCAUGCAUGAAGCAUCACUGGCAACAGAACUGACUGAGAAUGAUAACAUUUCAAAAGUGGAGGAGGAUGAAAAAGUCAAUCAAAAUCUUUCUGGGGCACGCUCAUUGUCAGAAGAUGAAAUCUCGGUGAUUGGCCCUGACGAUAUAGCUGCUGUUGCUUCGCUCUGGUCAGGAAUCCCAGUUAAGAAGCUAACAGCUGAUGAGAGAAUGCUUCUGGUGGGUCUUGACGAGCAGCUAAAGAGACGAGUAAUUGGCCAAGAUGAGGCUGUUGCUGCAAUAAGUCGGGCUGUCAAGAGAUCUCGUGUUGGCUUGAAAGACCCGAACAGACCAAUUGCUUCCAUGAUCUUCUGUGGCCCCACUGGUGUUGGGAAAACUGAACUCGCCAAAGCUUUGGCCGCAAGUUAUUUCGGUUCUGAGUCUGCUAUGCUAAGAUUGGACAUGACUGAAUAUAUGGAGCGACAUACUGUAAGCAAGUUAAUUGGAUCUCCCCCAGGUUACGUAGGCUAUGGGGAAGGAGGUAUCCUUACGGAAGCUAUAAGAAAACGGCCUUUCACCAUUGUGUUGUUAGAUGAGAUUGAGAAAGCUCACCCAGAUAUAUUCAACAUCCUCUUGCAGUUAUUUGAAGAUGGUCACUUGACAGAUUCUCAGGGUCGGAGAGUGUCAUUCAAGAAUGCACUAGUAGUAAUGACUUCCAAUGUGUGGUCCGCUGGCAUCGCGAAGCCGAGGCGUAGAGGAAAUCUCUUCGGUCUUUUUCCUGAGAGGGAUACCGAUAGCGAUGAAGAUGAAUCGAGUUCUUAUUCUAGGAUAAAAGCUCGGGUGAUGGAAAAGUUGAAGCGUUACUUCCGGCCAGAGUUACUCAACAGGAUUGACGAAGUAGUUGUGUUCCGUCCUCUCGAGAAACCUCAGAUGCUCGAGAUAUUGGACAUAAUGCUGCGUGAGGUGAAAGAACGUCUCAACUCUUUGGGUAUCGGACUUGAGGUGUCUGAGCCAAUCAAGAACUUGAUAUGCAAGCAAGGUUACGACAGGAGUUAUGGUGCCCGGCCUCUCAGGCGAGCUGUCACACAAAUUAUUGAAGAUCGCGUAAGUGAAUCUCUACUCUCUGGGGAUUACAAGCCUGGUGACAUUGCUUUUAUUUAUUUGGAUGGUUCUGGAAAUCCGGUCGUUAUAAAUAAGUCGAACCAAGAUUUCCAAUUGUCAGAUACGAGUUCUGAACUACAGGGGCUCAACCCAUCACAGUGAGUUUGUUGACUGAAAAUUACAUCAUUGAGUAGCUCUUUGUACAAAUUAUGAUCAUCAGCGUGUAUAGAAACCCUGUAUCGAACUUUGUUUCCGACUAUAUGAGUAAUGGCCUUAGUUGUAUGUAUUGUUGUUACUGAGUAUGAGACGACUUUGAAAGGGGUAGAGCACAUCGCACCGCAUCUACUAUCUGGCGAACCAUUGAUAGCGUGGAGAAAUAUUAAUGUACUAGUAUUUAUCUAAUGUGUUUACUUGUGUAGACUUUAAAUCAUUUAGGGUAGAUAAGAAUUCUGUUAUGUCUGAUUUAGUAUCUUAAAAAUAUGACCGCAUACAAUCG